ACUCUUUCUCUACCCCUCGUCUUGUGUCUCGGUUUGUACAGCGCGCCUUUUCUCUUUCUCGGUGGUCUCUUUCAUCCCACUACAAGUUCAACAUGCCGCAAGAAGUUCACAAGUACGGAACAGAUGAUGGCUGGCACGGCAUCAUUCAAGAAGGCGGAGAGUUUCCACCAGAAAAAGACAGAUACCACCUCUACAUAGGCCUCUUUUGUCCCUUCGCCCACCGCGUAAACCUCGUCCGUCUUCUCAAAAACCAAUCCCCCUACCUACCCAUAUCCAUCGUCCGACCCUAUCCCAAAGGCGAGCCCGGCUGGCGCUUCGACGACGGCGCCUACCCUGCCGCAACACCCGACCACCUAUUCAACAGCCAAUUCAUGCACCAAAUCUACUUCCGCGACGACCCCGCCUACAAGGGGAAAUAUAGCGUACCGCUCCUCUGGGACAAGAAAGCCAGUAGAAUAGUAAACAACGAGAGUGCGGAGAUGUUGCGGUGGCUACCACAGGCGUUUGAUUCCUUGCAGAGACAAGAAGAGGGGGGUGGUAAGGAAACAACCAGUCUAUCUUUCUAUCCACAGAGUCUAAAAGAGAAGAUCGAUGAGGUGUAUCCCUGGCUUACAGACCACAUCUGCAGCGGCGUGUACAAGACUGGUUUCGCACCGAAUCAGGAAGUGUAUGAGAAACAUGUUGUUCCGCUCUUCGCGGCACUCAACAAACUCGAGGCGCUCAUACAUGAGAACGGUGGCCCAUAUAUCCUCGGCAGCGAAAUUACGGAACUAGACCUCCUGGCUUAUCCGACCAUUGUCCGCUUCGAUACAGUGUAUGCGCAGCAUUUCAAGACGAAUCUGGGGAGCAUACGGCAUGAUUACCCGGUGCUGAACAACUGGCUAAAGGGGCUGUAUUGGUGUGUGCCUGGUUUCAAAGAAUCGACGGAUUUUAAGCAUAUCAAGGAGAAUGUGAGUGUAUAUGGGGUUGAGAGUCGAUGGAAAGCCUGCUAA